AUGCAAGAGGAAGACUGGGGCAGAUAUGCUCAAGCGCCUUUCAUGACAGUAAGAACAUCGAAAAGCACAGCCGUUUCAACUAGCUGGAAGCAAAGUGAAGCGAAACAGCCCGCGCAAACAUCCGCCACUGAUCGCACGUCUGACUUCUCAAAGGACACGUCCAGUCACGAUGAAGACAAAUUCCGCGCCGAAGUAGAUCUCGCAGAUCUCAAAAUCAAGCAACGGCGCUGGAAUUUCGCCCGGAGCCGGAGACCCGCAUCCUCUGAUAGUUCGCUAGCCGACGAGCCGCAUAUAAGCCCCCGGAGUCGUACUUGGCCUACCAAGGUGCCGUUGUCCGCUGAUCGAACAGACAAGGAGAGAGUCGAAGACGACGAUCUCCGCCUACGGAAUACGAUUGCAAACCCCAAUCCGGCGCUCGACAGACGGCUGAUGGGCCAAUAUCUCGACAGGUGCAUCGCCGCUACAGAAUCACAAUUGGCAGGGGGAAGGAGUAAGUCGAAGAAGAAAGAGGCCGUGAAGGAGAUUGAGCGGCUGGUGGAGAAAGUAGUGAGUGACGCAGGUGGGUUUGGCGCGCGAGAGGGAUGA